AUGUGGACAGUUCCGGGGCUUCAGCGCCAAAUCCUCAGUCGACGACAGCGGGGUGUUUCUACUUCGAUGCCUAUCAUUGCACCUGGUUGUCUCCUAGCUGCACCUUCACUUGUUCUAGCACCGACAUCUAGGUCUUCUGGUUUGAUUACUGGUCUUGUUGGUGGUGGUGAGUCGGAUCACGUUGAGGACGCGAUGCAAAAAGAUUAUUCGGACGAUGAGCCCGAUCACAUAUCGGGGGAUAGUGAGGAGGAGACUCCAGUGGCCCCACCUGCACCUCAGGGGCCAUUCAGUUCUGGGGAAUUUCAGAUUGGCCAAUCAUUCCAGACUAAGGAGGAAGCUGUGAUGAGUGUUAAGGAUUAUGGCAUUCGUCGUGGAGUUCAGUAUCGGGUUAUGGAAUCGGAUCAUCUGAAGUAUGUUGGAAGAUGCAAGGAGUUUGGAAACGGCUGCACGUGGAUGAUCCGCGUGGCACUUCGUCAGCGCAAGGGUAACUGGGAGGUUAGAAGGCCUAGUUAUAGGAAGGUGUGGAAGGCAAAGCAGAAGGCAGUUGCACAGAUUUAUGGGGAUUGGGAAGAGUCGUAUGCGGAGUUGCCCCGGUGGAUCCUUGGGAUGCAAGCAACGAUGGACGGAACCGUAGCUUUGUUGAAGACUUCACCAGUGCGUGUAGGUGAUGAGAUUGAUGAGUCUACAGACAUUGACGGUACGCAUCUCUAUGGGAAGUAUGGCGGGACUUUGCUUCUAGCUAUUGCGCAAGAUGGAAACUCGAAUAUAUUGCCAGUUGUGUUUGCACUUGUUGAGUGGGAGAAUGCUGAGUCGUGGGCUUUUUUCUUAUCCCACUUGCGUCAACAUGUGACCCCACAGGAAGGAAUUCUGGUGAUCUCUGACAGACACAAUGGCAUUAAGGCUGCACUGGAGGCACCAGACAGUGGUUGGAAACCGCCUCAUGCAUAUCAAACGUAUUGCAUUCGACACGUUACAGCUAAUUUUUCUCUCAGUUUCAAGGGUCAGGUUGCAAGGUGGAUGCUCGUGAAUGCGGUGUAUGCCAAGACUGAAGCCGAGUUUGACUACUGA